ACAAUGGAGAUUCCCCUGGCAGCCAAGCUGGGUGAGGCCUUCGUGUUUGAGGACGGGUUGGAGAUGCAGACAAACCUUUUCCCGGAGGAGGACCCGGGGAACCCUUUUCUUCAGGAAAGGGGUUUAGCGCAGAUGGCUGUCAUCUACAAAGAGGUCCCUCUGGGGGAGCAGGACGAUUAUGAGGGGAAUAUCAGUCUGUGCUCAAGCCCCGUCCAGCAUCAGAGCAUCCCCCCAGGAGACAGACCCCAGGACGAUGAGCCGUCCAGCCCAACCUUCCUCCAGAAAUCAGACCUGACUAUGUGCCAGAUAAUUCACAGCGAAGAAGCGUCUGGUAAGCCCGAUGGGGAGACAGCGGGCAGGGGGGACUCGGGACCCAAGGGGCCUCACAGGACUGCACAGCCAGCCAAGCCCUACGCGUGUCGCGAGUGCGGCAAGGCCUUCAGCCAGAGCUCACACCUGCUCAGGCACCUGGUGAUCCACACGGGGGAGAAGCCCUACGAGUGCUGUGAGUGCGGCAAGGCCUUCAGCCAGAGCUCGCACCUGCUGCGGCACCAGGCCAUCCACACAGGGGAGAAGCCCUACGAGUGCAGGGAGUGCGGCAAGGCCUUCCGCCAGAGCUCUGCACUCGCGCAACACCAGAAGACCCACACCGGGAAGAGGCCGUACGCGUGCAGGGAGUGCGGGAAGGACUUCAGUCGGAGUUCGAGCCUCCGGAAGCACGAGCGCAUCCACACCGGGGAGAAGCCCUAUCAAUGUAAGGAGUGCGGGAAAUCCUUCAACCAGAGUUCGGGCCUGAGCCAGCACCGGAAGAUCCACACGCUGAAGAAACCGCAUGAGUGCGAGCUCUGUGGGAAGGCCUUCUGCCACCGGUCCCACCUCAUCCGGCACCAGAGGAUCCACACAGGCAAGAAGCCGUAUGCAUGCGAGGAGUGCGGGAAGGCCUUCAGCCAGAGCUCCAACCUCAUCGAGCACCGCAAGACACACACGGGCGAGAAGCCUUACAAGUGCCACAAGUGCGGCAAGGCCUUCAGCCAGAGCUCCUCGCUCAUCGAGCACCAGCGCAUCCACACCGGCGAGAAGCCCUACGAGUGUGGCCAGUGCGGCAAGGCCUUCUGCCACAGCUCGGCCCUCAUCCAGCACCAGCGCAUCCACACGGGCCGGAAGCCUUACGUGUGUAAUGAGUGCGGCAAGGCCUUCCGGCACCGCUCGGCCCUCAUCGAGCACUACAAGACCCACACGCGGGAGAGGCCCUACGAGUGCAACCGCUGCGGCAAGGCCUUCCGGGGCAGCUCGCACCUCAUCCGCCACCAGAAGGUCCAUGCGGGGGACAAGCUCUAG